AUGAAGAAGCCAACCUAUUUUCGAACACUUAUUCCCACAAGAAUAGUUACUAGGUGGCGAAUGUGUAUUGAUUACAGGAAAUUGAAUACAACCAUUAGGAAGGAUCGUUUUCCUCUUCCUUUUAUGGAUCAGAUGCUAGAAAGAUUGACUGGACAAGCUUAUUAUUGUUUGUUAGAUGGGUAUAAUCAGAUUGUGGUAGAUCCUAAAGAUCAGGAGAAGACGGCCUUUACAUGUCCCUUUGGUGUAUUUGCUUAUAGAAAAAUGCCAUUUGGAUUAUGUAAUGCCCCAGCUACGUUUCAAAGGUGUACGCAGGCUAUUUUUGCAGAUCUUAUGGAGAAGUGCAUAGAAGUCUUCAUGGAUGAUUUCUCAGAGAAGUGCCAUUUUAUGGUGAUUGUUUUGGGCCAUAAGAUUUCUGUUAAGGGGAUUGAAGUGGGCAAAGCAAAAGUUAAGGUUAUUGAAAAGCUUCCACCACCUACAAAUGUGAAAGGAAUUCGGAGUUUCUUAGGUCAUGCUAGGUUUUAUAGAAGAUUUAUUAAAGACUUCUCAAAGAUUGUUAAACCUUUGAGUAAUUUGCUUGUCAAGGACACACCGUUUGUAGUGAGUGAUGAAUGUCUACAGGCUUUUGAUGUUUUGAAGAAAUGUUUGGUUUCUAAUCCAGUGAUUCUAGCUCCAGAUUGGAAUAAAGAUUUUGAGGUCAUGUGUGAUGCCAGUGAUUAUGCUAUAGGCGAUGUGCUUGGCCAAAGAAGGGAGAAGGUAUUUCACACUAUCUACUAUGCUAGUAAGGUGUUGAAUGACGCUCAAUUGAAUUAUGCCACUACGGAGAAAGAAUUUUUGGCUAUAGUUUAUGCUUUGGAGAAGUUUAGAUCUUAUCUCAUUGGGUCUAAAGCCAUUAUAAGGGAGAAACAACUGCUGCAAAGAUUCUUCAGUCAGGGUUUUAUUGGCCUACUUUGUUUAAAGAUGCUCAUAAUCAUGCUAGAAAUUGUGACAAGUGUCAAAGGACGGGGGCUAUUUCAAGACGUCAUGAGAUGCCCUUACAAGGUAUUCUGGAGGUUGAAAUCUUUGAAUGCUGGGGCAAAUUUUCUCACGUUUGGAACUCCAAGGGUACUCAUCAGUGAUGAGGGAUCUCAUUUUUUUAACUCUAAGCUUGCAAAGGUACUUAAACACUAUGGAGUAAGGCAUAAGGUGGCGGCACCUUACCAUCCACAAAUAAAUGGUCAAGCUGAAGUUUCCAACAGGGAGAUAAAGAAGAUUUUGGAUAAAACAGUUGCUUCAUCAAUGAAAGAUUGGUCACAUAAACUAGAUGAUGCUCUCUGGGCAUAUAGGACGGCCAUGGAGACUUCCAUGGGCCUAUCACCUUUUCAGUUGGUGUAUGGAAAAACAUGUCAUUUGCCAGUGGAGAUGAAGCAUAAAGCUUUGUGGGCUUUGAAACUUUUGAAUUUCGAUCCUCAUGAAACUCAAAGUAAACGUAGAAGGCAGAUGCUGGAGCUUAAAAAGAUGCGGUUGCAUGCAUAUGACUCAUCUAAGAGUUAUAAAGAAAAGGUAAAAUUCUAUCAUGACAGGAAGUUGAUAAAGAGGGCAUUCAACCCAUGGCAACAGGUGAUAUUUUUUAAUUCAAGGUUAAAGCUAUUUCUUAGGAAGCUGGAGUCAAAAUGGUCAGGGCCUUUUAUGAUAACGAAUGUACAUCCUCAUGGAGCGGUUGAAUUGAUGGAUUCGACUGCUAGUGAUCCAAGUAAAAGUUGGGUGGUGAAUAGACAAAGACUCAAGCACUAUCUCAGAGGAGAAGUGGAACGUCUUUCCACUAUGAUGAAGUUGGUGGAUCCAUAA